AUGAGCGUGGAGCGGUCUUACACUGACCAGAAAAGAAGGGAAGUCGUGAUGCUCCUGCAGUCUCACAAGAUUCGCGUGGAAGAUGAGAAGGACCGGCGGUCGUGGAACCUAGUAGUCGUCUGGAGAAGAGGGCUGCCACUGGGCCACGCUCAGAGGGCAUCCGAGUGGAAGCUCACGACAUUUGGGAAGACGAGACUUUCGGAGGAGGAGGCUCGUAAUCAGACGGAAGCAGAGGAACGGAGGAAACUGCCGGAGGCUAUUGAGUGGCCAGAGGACGCGUUGCUGGCUAUUGUCGCCGGACCCGAUAAGUUCUCGCAAAGGGCAUCAGAGAAAACUCAGUUACACAGACAGAGCUUAAGCCAAAGUGGCUCGACUGGGAUGACGGGUCUACGAGAGACGGACAGUGUCGCGGUCUUGUCUGCUGGAACCCCUGCUGCGAGUUUAUCCCCCAUCUCUUCGGCUUCCCCAUCGGACGGAACAGCCCGUCCAUGGGCCCGAAGCGGUUGCCGUGAGGGUUGA